CCUACACAUUCCCAACGUUUCGGAAAAAGUAUCCAGUCCACCGAUUUUGCAGGAUUAAAAACUUAAGUGCUACAUACUUGUGCCAAGUUGAACAAGCAGAUUAUCGCUGCCAGUAAAAUAAAUUAUAAACCAUUGUCAAUGCAAACUUGCCAGCUAAUAAGAUUACUGCAGUGCCAUUAUUGUUAACCAUGAGAAAGUUUCACCGUUUUUUAGCCUUCGUCAUAGCCUUGCUUAUCCUGUAUCUGGUUUAUCGCUACUCGUUCAAAACUGAUAGUGAGGGGAACUAUUUAUUUUUGAAACCACUGGAUACUACUGGCACUGGUUUAGCGGGGAAGGGAUUCUUAACGCUGCUACAAUCGGAUUUGGAGGGGACUUCCUUGGAUUCACAAAAGCCAGCUAAUCCUAAAAGAUUGGUCGAUUUAACGGAUUUUCGCUUCAGAAUUGCGAACGAUAUCUGCAAGGAGAAUGGAAGCUAUUCGGAGCUGUUGGGUGUCAUUCUCGUCACAUCAUACGUCGGUCAUGACGCGCUCCGUUCUGCUCACCGACAGGCCAUUUCACAACAGAAACUCAUAUCGAUGGGAAUGUUGAGGAUUUUCUCGUUGGGAAACAUUCCUGCGACGGAAAAGUUUAUUACUCAAAACGCCAUUGAACACGAGCAGAAGCUUUUUGGGGAUAUCAUUCAAGGUGACUUCACGGAAGCUUAUAGGAAUUUGACCUACAAGCAUGUAAUGAGUCUGAAAUGGGCUACUGAACAUUGUAUGCGAGCCAAGUUUCUGAUCAAAAUGGACGAUGAUAUCGUGUUCGAUCCGUUUUAUAUUCAGAAUCAUUUAUCGGAUCUGGAUCAACAGAAUAAGCAGCUAUUGUUGGCCGGAUUCACUUUCACAAACAAGAAGGUUAUACGGCUUAAAGCAAACAAAUGGUUCGUUUCCAAAGAGGAAUUCAGCCGGGAUGCUUAUCCAUCGUACCUGUCCGGCUGGCUGUACAUCACCAACCAACCGACGGCUCGCCAGCUAGUACUGCAAUCUGAGUUGGUUCCAUUUUUCUGGAUCGAUGACACCUACGUGACCGGGAUACUAGCGGAACGAGCUCGCAUUCCACUAACCAACAUCAGCAAGUGGUUCAGCGCAAAUUCGGAGUUUCUUGACUGCUGCAUUCGGGACAUGAAGCGCUUCUCGUACCAGUGCGAUUAUUAUGUAGGUCCGAACGGGGGUAACAAUAAUCUGAUAGUGGACUUCGUGCAGGAACUGGAGCGGUGCUAUGAUAAUGCGUGCUAUCAGCGGCCUAGUGGGAAACCGCUGACGAAAACUUGCGUUGCUGAGUACAAAAAUCAGGUUCAGGAGCACGGCAGUGCACAGAUUAGCAGGAUGCGGCUCAGGUAAACGGCAGGUUUAUACAGAGAUUUUAACGUAAAUCGUCAAUUAAUAGUCGAAAUAUGACGACACCUAGAUAUAGAACAUAACCCCAACGAACCGAAGCCCGUCCGUAAUAGGUGUGGAUCGUGGCGCACAGAGCCUUAUGGGUCCAAGUUAUUUCGUGCGAGUAUUGUUCUUACCCGUAUAUUACAGAAAGGGGUAACAUCAAUGUGAGAUGUCAUAUUAAAUUUAAUCUCAGCGCUCCAUUAGUUCUAAGCCUUAAAAUCAUUCCAGAUCUGAUUGAAUUAUGUGCUAAGUAUUAAGAACAUUUGAAAAAUUUUGCUUUUAACCUCAGACCAUUUUACAACCAUAGUUUAAGCAAUUUUAAGAUGAUUUUUUUCGAAGACAAAACAAGGAGCUGCCAUUCCGUUUUAGGUUAACAAAACCGAACAAGUAUUCUAAG